AUGACACCAUUUGAAAUGAACAAUCAAACAUUUGUCAACGAAUUCAUCUUCUUGGGAUUUUCCAACCACUCCAACCUACAGGGCUUGUUCUUUCUCAUCUUUCUGGUUAUUUACCUGACAACUCUCCUAGGGAACAUGCUCAUAAUAAUGGCCACCAGAGUCAGUCCUGCUCUCCAUACUCCAAUGUACUUUUUCCUCAGCAAUUUGAGCUUCUUGGACAUCUGCUACACAUCCACCACCAUCCCUGUAUUGUUGGUGAACUUCUUCCGGGAGAAGAAGACCAUUUCCUAUGACGGUUGCCUUUCCCAAAUCUUCUUCUUUGUGACAAGUGCUGGCACUGAGUGUGUUUUAUUGGCUGCCAUGGCUUAUGACCGCUAUGUGGCCAUUUGCCGUCCUCUUCAAUACCCAGUUCUCAUGAGUAUGAAGGUCUCUGUUUGUUUAGUGGCAGGGUCCUGGCUGUGUGGGCUGGUGAAUUCUGCAACACACACAGUGCUGGCAACAAUGCUCGCUCUUUGUGGGCCCAACCAGAUCAGCCACUUUCUCUGUGACAUCCCAUUGCUCCUGAAGCUCUCCUGCUCAGACACCUCUGUCAAUGAGUCUGUGCUCCAUGUGGCCAGUGCCACCAUUGGCCUGAGCCCCUGCCUCUUCACUGCAGGGUCCUACACACUCAUCAUCUCAGCCAUCCUCAGGAUUCCCUCUGCUCAGGGCAAGAGAAAGGCCUUCUCUACCUGUGCAUCCCACCUCACUGUCGUGGUGGUCUUUUAUGGAACAGCCAACUUCAACUAUGAUAGGCCUAGAGAAGGCUAUUCCCUGGACAUGGACAUCCUGGUCUCUGUGCUUUUCUGUGUGGUGACCCCCAUGUUGAACCCCAUCAUUUACAGCCUGAGAAACAAGGAGGUAAAGAGUGCCCUGAGGAAGCUGACUGGAGGGUGUGCAUUCCCUUGCAAUAUCAAUGUCUAG